AAAAAAAAAAAAAAAAGCGUCGUCCAUCACUCGUUUUCCUCGAGAAAACAAUCCAGGAUAAAGGGGGACUUACUACACGAUGCAGACGGAACACCUGGUCAACAUUAUUAUUCUUGGAGCUCCGGCUUCUGGAAAGAAGAGCUUCAUACGGAGGUAUUGUCAAGAUGUCUUCACAGACUUGUACGAUCCCGUUACCGAAACAUCCGGGGACCGGCGUCUGGCAAACGUCUCUGGCAUCCCGACCAUCAUCAACCUUGAGCGCAUCCCAUCAACAUUUAUUCAAUCUGCUCCCGAAUCCCGCCGCAUAGCAACGGAAGCGGAUGCUCUAAUUCUUCUAUACGACAGCUCCUCCAUCGAGAGCCUGGAAGAGCUUCGGCGCAUACGGCUCCAAGUGCUGGCUCCGCACUUAGGAGAAGCGGCGCCACCCACGGCCGUGGUUGCUGGCAAGGCCGAUGGCGCGGAGGCCGCGGGGAGCGUAUGGGAGCGGGGGUUAGUAGAGGGGAGGAAACUGUCGGUGUUGUUAGGGGCUAAGUUUGGGGUUGUGUCGGCACUUUGGGGAGACGGGGUCAAGGAUGUAGUAGAGGAGCUGGCGGCGAGGGUUUUGGAAAGGAAGGGAAUCGGAAAAGACAUGUUGAUGGGAGCAGGAUCAUAAGUGAAGUUAUCACCGUUGUCACGAGGAGCUCAAAGUGAGGUUAUCACCACCUUAAAAGGUGGGCCCGGUCGGGCUGCUUCUGAUAACAGAGCAACAAAAGCAUGAAGAUCAUGCCAGUUCGGAAAAUGCUGGUGUAAUAGAUGGGUAAAGCCCAAAAAGCACCCUAUGCCAGUUUCAGACCCACCAUGCGAGAUGUGCGUAUAGGUGGCAUUGCGUUACACUAAAGGUGGUAAGCACAGGACUUGGAGUAACACAACAGCAAU